ACAUGUAAACUGUCUGAUUCCUUAACUUUUUGAUGUUUUGAAGAUGUAUGGUUGGGAAAUAGAAGUAGUAAAAAAUUGCCGCAAUUGAUGUCAGGACUCAUUAUACUUGAAACCUAUUAUUUACUAUAUAUAUAAUUUUGAAAUUUAUAUUUGAGUGGGUGAGAAAGCUUCGUACAAACAUCCGACAUUCUUGUGCUUAUUACUAUUCAUUUUUUCAAUUUUAAAGUAGUUAUUUAGUUUAAAAAUCAAUAAUACUCAAAUCACAAACACCACCUUAGUUGCUUGAGUCUGUGGACAAAUACACCACAGGGUUUUGAACAAGCACACUCAUUGUUGAAAUUUUUCAAACAAGCACAUUGUGGAAUAACUUAUCAUGUUAGUGUGCAAUUGAAAUCCAUGCACACAGGUAUAAGAAAAUUCCUAAUUGAUAAUUUCUUCCAUUCUUUUCAAUCUUAACAAAACAAAAAAAAAAAAAUACACACUUGCCGAAGAUUGAUAAUUUCACACAAUUCAUAAUGUUGAUAAGAGAAACACCAGCAUAGAAUAAGACCUUUCCCAAAGAAAAAGAAAAAGAAAAUUGCAUUAAUGUAUUCCUUGCUUUGCCUCAACUCAAUCCUCAAUUCACAAGCCUUGCAACUUAUUUGAGCAACAUCACCCAUGUUUCUCACAAGAAGUGAGUAUGACAGAGGCGUUAAUACGUUCUCGCCUGAAGGUCGUCUCUUCCAGGUUGAAUAUGCCAUUGAAGCCAGCAAGCUGGGUUCAACGGCAAUAGGGCUGUUGACGAGAGAGGGUGUCAUUCUUGCAGUGGAGAAAGUAGUCACUUCCCCUCUACUGGAAACAAAGAGCAUAGAGAAGAUAGUGAUGAUUGACGACUGCAUUGGUUGUGCCAUGAGUGGGUUAACUGCUGAUGCUCGAACCCUAAUGGAACACGGCCGCGUGGAAACACAGAAUCAUAGGUUCUCAUACAACGAAGCCAUGAGUGUUGAAUCAACUACUCAAGCCUUGUGCAACUUGGCUCUCAAAUUCGGUGAAGGAGAUGAAUCUAUGUCGCGUCCGUUUGGAGCAUCUCUUCUGAUCGCUGGUCACGACGAUCAUGGUCCAGCCCUAUUUCACACGGAUCCAUCAGGAUCAUAUUGGGAGACCAGUGCCAAAGCGAUAGGAUCAGGCUCUGAAGGAGCAGACCAAGCUCUCAUAGACCAAUAUGAUCGGAAUAUGUCGCUUGUUGAGGCCGAGACAUUAGCAUUGUCGAUUCUGAAGCAAGUAAUGGAGGAAACUCUGACAUCCUCUAAUGUGGACGUUGCACGAGUUGCUCCUGAGUUUCAUAUUUAUUCUGCAGAGGAAGUGGAGGCAGUCAUUGGGAGACUUUAACCCAUUUCUAUUGUCUUCUAAAAAUGCAUUUUCUGCUCUUAGAUCCUCAUGUGUGUGCUCCAACAACUCUUUCAAGGUUAGUAAAUGAAUCUGGUUGAAAACAAACCUGAAUAUAUGUUAGAACCUGCAAACUUGAUCCUGUAGCAUGGUUUAUUAACGAGCAAUAUAUUAUUAUUUUGUCUUGAUCUGGAUCACAAAAAAAUUCUACAGACAGAAACUUAACUUUUUUCUGUGCA